AAACAUGGAGGACACCGCUGGCAGUAAUCCCCAAUCUCUCGGAUUUACAGAGAAAUUAAAGUCUUGGCUCUCUUGGUCAUGGACCUACGUGUGCUUCAUUUGGUUCGGCAUGGUGCUGAUCAUGAUAUACGUCCUGUGGAGCCCGCUGAAACUGCAGGAAUCUCUUACCUCAGCCUCAGUGUUUUUGAAUACACUGACCCCCAAAUUCUAUGUGGCUCUCACUGGAACCUCUUCUCUCAUCUCUGGACUCAUCCUUAUAUUUGAGUGGUGGUAUUUUCGUAAAUAUGGGACCUCGUUCAUUGAACAAGUGUCAGUGAGCCACCUGCGUCCUCUUCUGGGUGGAGUGGAGAGCAGCUCCUCUACUGGUCUGUUUGCAUCAGUCAAUGGAGAGGCAGAGCCUAGGCCCAGUGUUUCAGAGUGUAAGGUCUGGAGGAACCCUUUGAAUCUGUUCAGAGGAGCGGAAUACAACAGGUACACCUGGGUAACAGGGAAGGAACCCUUAACAUACUACGAUAUGAACCUGUCUGCUCAAGACCACCAGACCUUCUUCACAGGAGACACUCCGCAGAUAAGACCAGAAGAUGCUGUGAUGCAGAAAGCCUGGAGGGAGAGAAAUCCUCAAGCCAGGAUCAGAGCAGCUUACCAGGCCAUAGAAAUGAACCAAGAGUGUGCUGCAGCGUAUGUGCUUUUAGCAGAGGAAGAAGCAACAACCAUCACAGAAGCUGAGCGCCUCUUCAAAAAAGCACUAAGUAUCGCUGGAAAAGACAUCAACUUACUGGUGUACAUAAAACGCAGACUGGCAAUGUGUGCACGCAAGCUGGGUCGGAUUAAAGAAGCGGUGAAAAUGAUGAGAGAUUUAAUGAAGGAGUUCCCACUUUUGGGAAUGUUAAAUAUACAUGAAAAUCUCUUGGAGGCCCUUCUAGAGCUUCAGGCAUAUGCCGAUGUCCAAGCAGUCCUCGCCAAAUAUGACGACAUCAGCUUGCCAAAAUCAGCCACUAUAUGCUACACAUCUGCACUGUUGAAAGCACGGGCUGUAUCAGAUAAGUUCUCUCCAGAGGCCGCGUCACGGCGAGGGCUGAGCACAGCAGAGAUGAAUGCUGUGGAGGCCAUACACAGAGCUGUUGAGUUCAAUCCACACGUGCCAAAGUACUUAUUAGAGAUGAAGAGCCUGAUCCUCCCUCCAGAGCACAUCUUGAAGAGGGGUGACAGCGAGGCAGUGGCAUAUGCUUUCUUCCACCUGCAGCACUGGAAGAGGGCAGAGGGAGCCUUAAACCUACUACACUGCACCUGGGAGGGCACCUUCCGGAUAAUUCCCUACCCUCUGGAGAAGGGUCACCUGUUUUACCCUUACCCAGGAUGCACAGAAACAGCAGACAGGGAACUGCUGCCCUCGUUCCACGAGGUGUCCGUGUACCCAAAGAAAGAGCUUCCCUUCUUCAUCCUCUUCACAGCAGGCCUUUGCUCCUUCACUGCCAUGCUGGCCAUGCUCACACAUCAGUUCCCUGAGCUCAUGGGUGUCUUUGCCAAAGCAUUCUUCAGCACACUCUUUGCACCGCUGGGUUUCUUCGCAGACAAGAUGGAAAGCUUCAUGCCGUCCAGUUUUUGGCACCAGCUGACUCGAAUCUGACCCCAUCUCACAUACACACACACACACACACACACACACACACACCAAUACCACCACCACCCCAAACCCUCAGACAAAAAGUGUUUGCUCUCCUGUCUUCAGCAUUACUGUCCACUUGCUGCAUUGUUACUGAUUAUGUUGGCUGAGGUUGUAUCAACAUGGCGAAGCCACUCUUAGGAUGCCCUCCCACACUGUUCCAGCGGCCACAGUUUUUCCAAGAACGCAUUUAGUGAACACCAUCUGCAAUGAUUCCAGUCGUUCGUGUGUCUUCACGUUAGCCCUCUGCAACAUUGUGGUUUUGGAGUUUCCCACAAAGCCUUGUUCCAGAUUUUUGGUGCAAAAAUGAAGUAAUGAGUUAGAGGCACUGCCCUGUUCCAUCACAAUAAUAAAUAAAUCGCACACAACAAAAAAAACAAGAAGCUAAAACGGCAUGUUUUUAAUACCAACUACUGUCAAGUCAGAUGAGUUGGUUUUAACCAGUGUGUUACUGACAACAGUAUGUACCUUUUAAGGAUGUCCCUUGUAGAAUAUGUUUACCAAUAUGAUCCUGUUCCUCUCUUUUACCUGCUCAAUUAUUUGUCUAUUUUACAAAAGAUCCCACUGGAUAUUUGGGAUGGGACCCGAUGUGUCCCACAUCAACCCUCCGUGCACCACAGACAUCCAGCGGGGCAGAUUUAAACGUCUGUAAGGCCUCCUAAAAACAGAGCUGUGAUUUACAGCCUCGAAGUGCCUGCAGUGUAUACAACGCCUCUGCAGCUCAGCAGUUGUUACCACGGGAUGACACCUCGGCACCAUAUCACUGGGGCAACUGUCGCCCCAGCAACAUUGAAAUGUAAAUGGGAUCGUCACCGGUCACAGUUCCGCACACUCGUUCCCGCUGAUUGCACGACAAGAUGUCAUGAGUCAGUGCGAUAGUCCACUUCUCAAACGCCAAACAAAACAAGUGAAAGCAGCACACGUUGCAGUGGAAUCAGCUGAGGCGACGUGAGGCUUGCUGUAAUACUGGAGGUAACAGUAUUUCUAAAAUGCAUCAACAUUUGCCGACGGGUGGAAAUGUGAACAGGCAUGCACAGACAAAUUCUACAAAGUAAGUUAUUAUUUUACCUUUUUAUGUCCAAAUAUCACUUGCUCUGCCUCUGACUGCGUCUGUUCAUUUUGCCAGUAAUUGUACAUGAGUUGAUUCUUCUGUAUCUGGUUUAGUUCCGACUUUAUGAAUUUACUCAUCUCUGUAUUAUCAAUUAAGAUGCCAGCGUCACCUUGUUGUAAAGUAUAAUGUAACAACCUGUCAGAAAGAAACAAAAAAAAGCCUCUAAAUGUGUUAAAUAAUCCUGUAAUUGAAAAAAAAGAAAACAAUUGUUGCACCACUUGGUUCAUGAAUGAUACAAAACAUCCCAAAUAGUUUAUUACAUUAACAGGUCUUUUACAUUUUGAACUACUUAAAGCGGACACAUUUACUUUAUUUUGUAAAGUGAUGUUACUUGAUAGUUAUUACAUUAUCGUUACAUUAUUACUACAACAAUAUAGAGCCCAUGCCCUGGGAUGUACGUGACAUCCUACUUACAAAUCUUUACUCUACACGUUAUAAAACGUGUGACAAUAAAGUGCCUUUUAGUACGUCACAAUAGUUAAACCAUCUUGACAAUGGUUUAGCUAUUGUGUAAUUUGGCAUUAACUGAACCUACGAUAUUGAUGUCAAGUCGAGUGGCAACUCUGUUAAAUUUUGAUGGAUUCAAUUUGAUAAAUAGAUGCCUUCAAAUGUAAUGUGUAACAGAAUUGUUGAUUAGCGUUGCUAGAUACAGCAGUCAAGUAACGAUGGCAAACGUACUUGUGUAAAAGUAGAAAAGGGCACGCUGGCGAUGAUUUAUAUGGUGAUACAGUAUGUUGCAAAGUUGGAUUAUGAUUUUAAUAACCCUUAUCCGCUCCAAACUACACAGAUUCUGUUUUACAUCUCACUGGUCUGUAAUAUUCAAUUUGUGGCACUUGAAAUGUGACAUUUUAAAGUGUACAACCGAAAUACGAAAGUUCAUGCUGAAGACAGGAGAAUGUUUGAACAAAUUGUAACUACCCUUCGAUGAGUUUGAAAGCAAAACUCACAAUAAAUUUCUGUUUCAGUGCAAUUUAUUUCCUUCUGUUUUGGUUGUUGACGUCGUCUGGUUUACUGUUUAGAAAUGCAGAAUGGGUAUUCUCUAAAUGAAUGUGUAGAUGCUGAUUACUUCAAUUUCAGACAAGAAAAACAUUUGAUAAACAGAUAAUCUCCAAAGCAACAUAUUUUCAACAUGAAGUGAAAGAUAUUUAAACUCUUUACUUUUUUAAUGUUAGAUGGAUUCUCCUUCAUAUUUUGAAAUCACGUGUGUAUUGAUGGGGAGUCGGUAUGUCUUGUUCAAGGACAAACUCCUCGCUCUGCCACCCUGCUGCUGCUGCUGCUCCUGGACUAUAUAAAGCCAAGAGCCAUCAUUAUGAUUACACCACUCCACCACCAUCAGCAGAUGCUUUUAUGUGGCAAGUUCUCAGCGAGCCACUGGUGCCAUAAUCAUACUCCAAACACUCGUGCUCAAGUGGCGAGCAAUGCAGUAAUGAAAAUCGCUGUUGAGGAUUGUUGACGGGUGCUCAAGUGUCUCGCUCUCAGUGCCGGAGCACGAUUUUCUCGGCUGCAUGUCGAAACACGAGUUGUUCACUAACCUCCAGAGUGCAUCAAAGUCAGGGUAACAAGAGAGAAAACAGAAGAUAUAGGGUAAACAUGUCAACAACAAAUAUGUAAUGAAGACAGAGUAGACGUUUCAUUUGAUCUUCUCAUGCCCUGUAUCAUAAGGUAGGAGAUGUUUGAGACAUUUAUGGCCAUAGUCAGAAGGGUUAAUAAGAAAAAUUAAAAUGUUGAUUCGGACCAUAUAAUUGUGUGGAAAAGCCACGCAGGGGUUAAUUAUGUCCCAUGGAGACACACAGACACUUUAAAUCUCCAGUGGGAACUGUCCUGACAGUUGACCCACUAAAUGAAAGUUUUGUGCACUACUGCCCAGCUGCCAGCCCAGUAAGCUCACCAGCACGAUGAAUUCAUGAACUCUUGUGUCCCUGGACCUUUGCCCAGUGUGUCUGAAGGUGACAUAAAGUUUGAGUUGGACUGAAAUCUCCUGAAGAAUCUGCCUCAAGUUAAACAAAAAUGAAAUGAGGUUUCAUCGACUUAUGAGUUAUGACAACAUGAGGUAUUUCAUAUUGGGUUUAGUCUUUUUAUAUUUCCUGAUGACCACCCAGUGAGUUAAUAAUGAGCUAACAGGCAACAUUAGACUACAAUGAGUCACGGAGACUGCUGCCUUCUUCUCUUUCUCCCAAACUGUCCAUCACAUCUGACUCAAUAAAUCCUAAAGAGAAGCGUGUACAUAUCCAACACUCGGCAGUUUUUUUUUUUGUUUUUUUUUAACCUAUAUUGUUGUUGGGUAUUUGAUUACAUGUUAUUUUGGUAUUAUUUUAAUUGACUGAUUUUAUUUACCUCACUACAGGCCUUAACUAUUACAUAAAGUGUAUUGUGAUUAUUAUACAGUCAGGAGACAUAUUCGACCUGCUGGAAAACAAAUCAAACGCACCCUCGUGUGAUGGGGCGGUCUAUUUGACCUGUCAGUCAGUGCCCUGCCCGCUGCUUUAAUCUACUAGCCUGCUGCUAACAUUGCUUGUUUGCAAACAACACUUCUGAAUCCACUCGUUACUAACAAUGUAGCGUUUCAUUACGAAGCUUUAACGCCACCUGCUCGCGGUCAAGUCCUCCUUAGUGGAGUAGCGAGCGAGACAGAAUCCCCCGACCUUCCUGCUGGCUGUCAGAACCCAACAACUCCUCUUAUCAGCGAUUCACCAGCUGUGAGCCGGAAGCACGUCACAGUUCACAGAGACUGCUUCACUUCGCCAAGGUAAAUGCUGGUUUUGCUCACGAGCUCAUUUUCAGCGGAUGUCUUGGCUCUGCUCUGACAUUUCUCUGCUUGGCAAUGUGAAUGACCUUUGACCCUGCAGAUUUGCUAAUGAGCAGUGCUGUUUCUCUGCUGCUCCUGCUGCUGCUUUGUGUUUAUUGUUUUGUACAGUCAAUCAUGCUGCUUUUAUUCUGUUGUGAAAAUUCUCAUGCUUGAAUAUUGUGAGUAUUAAUGAGAGCGGUAAAGAGGUUUGGUGGCAUGUUUCGCCCCUCUGCUUCUGUUGUUUUGGCCAUUAUUUUUUCUAUUUACUCCUUGCAUGGUCCAUAGUGGAGCCUGAUGUUGUUUAUUGGCUUUAGGGAGGUAAGCAUACCUGUUUCCUUGCUACACUAAACAGCCGUAACGUUUUAUCCGUGUACUGUUUUCUGUUGCUUAUGAAAUUUCACUAAGAGGACAUUGUCUGCCUACGCCAUUUUUUUUCUUUUCUUAAUCUGCAGGUGUGUUGAUGGUGGAUUGACUUUAGUUCACAAAAUAGAAUAUUCCAUAAUGGUAUGUGGUGCUAAGCAGGAAAGUGGCCACAAUGCAGAUGGUGUUUUUUGCGGCCUGUAUGAAAUGGAUUUCACAUAAUGGCUGGUGUCAGGCUCUGUGUCUAAUGUGGCUCUCAGGGGACAGUAGUCAUCGCCACUCCCCAGUCUCUUCUGUGCUGAUCUUGACUUGGUGUAUGGUUGUAGGGAGUGCAUAUAUCACUUCUGCACAUAAUCUGUAUCCACAAGAUAAAUCCGCUGAAUGAAUUUAGGGAUUAUGCAUUUUGGUCAUUAAAACAUGUGCGUCAAUAGCCGAGUGCCCUAUGCUUGAGAAAGACGCUGAACCCCAAUAUGCUCUUUUAUUGUACGUCACUGGGGACAUAAGCGUCAGCUUGAGGCCUUUACAUGUAAUUAACUGGAGUAUUGCUGUAGUAACAUAAUUCACAUUGUGUUGCCUUUAGUUUGUGGGAAUCUUUUCCUUUGUCAAACCUAUAGAAACGUACUGUACGAGAGAUUUAUAGCUGGAUUCUCCCAGUAACAAAUGAGUAUGAUGUCACUUGGCAAGGACAGUAAAUAUACACUAAAGCAGCUAUAGUCAAGUCCAAUUGCAUGUCCACAUAAAGCCUUUUAAUUACUGCUGAUAGGGUCAUGAGGGGAACCCUCUCUUCCAAGAAAAACAAUGAAACUUCUGGGACAGAUUUUCAACACUAAAUAGUCUAGAGAGCAAUAAUUUCACAAUGUAUACAUAUCAACAUAUUUCCCAUAUUGCUGUACAUCAUAGAUAUUCAUCAUAUGAUUAGAAGGAGUACAGUGUUUUGGACCGGUCAGACAAGUUCAAGGAGAAUAUUAAACAUGUUUAGUUUGAGACUGACACCACGCUGAAUUGUUCUCGACUCAUUACAGUUUGUAAGCAUGGAUUACAACAUUCCUCUCCUCUGGCUUUUCUGAAUGUGAAACAUCCGUGUGGACCACACUGUUAGUCUUUCCCUCGGGCCAAUUUUAGCUCCGAAAUGUUGUCAAAUUGAGAUGCCCAUUUGAUAUCACUAUGAUGACAGAGAAUGCCUGCGAUGCCACUCCUGUUAUUUUUACAGAGUUCAACUGGAUCACACGUUGUGGGAGACAAAGCGGCGC